GGCGCUCGCCCGGCUAAGCCUGUGCGGGGCCGCCUAGGUAGCUGCCAGAUCCGCAGGCGGCCUCCUGGUGCAGACCGCUGCGCACACGGCCCUAGGCAAAGACAAGGGCUCACCCGAGGCUCGGCGGCCGGCGCGGCUCUCGGAAUAUGGCAACCUGUGCAUGGCUUGUCCUGGGAGGAGCUGACUUCAGUCAUCGUGAUGCCUAAGAAUCAAGUGUGACGUUUCUCCAGGUACUUCAUGGUGUUCUCCUCCAUCCUCUCCACACCACUGCUCUACGUGGCUCCUGAAACAUGGGGGAAAACGAGGACGAGAAGCAGGCCCAGGCCGGGCAGGUUUUCGAGAACUUUGUCCAGGCUUCCACGUGCAAAGGCACCCUCCAGGCCUUCAGCAUCCUCACACGGCACCUGGACCUAGACCCUCUGGACCACAGAAACUUUUAUUCCAAGCUCAAGUCCAAGGUGACCACCUGGAAGGCCAAGGCCCUGUGGUACAAACUGGACAAGCGUGGGUCCCACAAAGAGUAUAAGCGAGGGAAGUCUUGUAUGAACACCAAGUGUCUCAUCAUUGGGGGAGGACCGUGUGGUUUGCGCACUGCCAUUGAACUUGCCUACCUGGGGGCCAAAGUGGUCGUGGUGGAGAAGAGGGACACCUUCUCCCGGAACAACGUGCUGCACCUCUGGCCUUUCACCAUCCAUGACCUGCGAGGCCUGGGAGCCAAGAAGUUCUAUGGGAAGUUCUGUGCCGGCUCCAUCGACCAUAUCAGUAUUCGUCAGUUGCAGCUCAUCCUGUUCAAGGUGGCCUUGAUAUUGGGGGUUGAAAUCCAUGUGAAUGUGGAGUUCGUGAAGGUUCUAGAGCCUCCUGAAGAUCAAGAAAAUCAAAAAAUUGGCUGGCGGGCAGAAUUUCUCCCUGCAGACCACUCUCUGUCAGAGUUUGAGUUUGAUGUCAUCAUUGGAGCCGAUGGCCGCAGGAACACGCUGGAAGGGUUCAGAAGAAAAGAAUUCCGUGGGAAGCUGGCUAUUGCGAUCACCGCCAACUUCAUAAACAGAAACAGCACAGCUGAGGCCAAGGUGGAAGAGAUUAGCGGCGUGGCUUUCAUCUUCAAUCAGAAAUUUUUUCAGGAUCUUAAAGAAGAAACAGGGAUUGACCUUGAGAACAUUGUUUACUACAAGGACUGCACCCACUAUUUUGUCAUGACUGCCAAGAAGCAGAGCUUGCUUGACAAGGGUGUCAUCAUUAACGACUAUAUCGACACAGAGAUGCUGCUGUGUGCAGAGAACGUGAACCAGGACAACCUGCUUUCCUAUGCACGCGAAGCUGCAGACUUCGCCACCAAUUACCAGCUGCCGUCUUUAGACUUUGCCAUGAACCAUUACGGACAACCCGACGUGGCCAUGUUCGAUUUCACCUCUAUGUACGCCUCCGAGAAUGCAGCCCUGGUGCGCGAGCGACAGUCACACCAGCUGCUCGUGGCCCUGGUGGGCGACAGCUUGCUUGAGCCGUUCUGGCCGAUGGGCACCGGCUGUGCCCGCGGCUUCCUGGCAGCCUUUGACACGGCGUGGAUGGUGAAGAGCUGGGACCAGGGCACUCCUCACCUGGAGCUGCUGGCUGAAAGAGAAAGUCUUUACCGGCUGUUACCUCAAACGACCCCAGAGAACAUCAACAAGAACUUUGAGCAGUACACGCUGGACCCGGGGACGCGGUACCCAAACCUCAACUCAAACUGCGUCAGGCCCCAUCAGGUGAAGCAUUUGUACAUCACUAAAGAGUUGCACCAGUGCCCUCUCGAGAGGCUGGGCUCAGUGAGGAGAUCCGUCGGCCUCUCCAGGCGGGAGUCAGACAUCCGGCCCAGCAAGCUCUUAACCUGGUGCCAGCAGCAGACCAAGGGCUACCAGCAUGUCAACGUCACAGACCUGACCACAUCCUGGCGGAGUGGCCUGGCCCUGUGUGCCAUCAUCCACCGCUUCCGGCCUGAGCUGAUCAACUUCGACUCUUUGAAUGAAGAUGACACUGUGGAGAACAACCAGCUGGCAUUUGACGUGGCCGAGCGUGAGUUUGGCAUCCCCCCAGUGACCACGGGCAAAGAGAUGGCCUCAGCCCCGCAGCCCGACAAGCUCAGCAUGGUCAUGUACCUCUCCAAGUUCUAUGAGCUCUUCCGGGGCACCCCGCUGAGGCCUGUGGAUUCUUGGCGCAAAAACUACGGAGAGAAUGCUGACCUCGGCAUGGGCAAAUCAUCCAUUUCUCAUAACUAUCUCAACCUCACGUUUCCAAGGAAGAGAACUCCACGUGUGGACAGCCGAACCGAAGAGAAUGACAUGAGCAAGCGGAGGCGGAAAGGCUUCAACAACCUGGACGAGCCUUCAGCCUUUCCUAGCCAGAGCUUGGGCUCCAAUCAAGAGGGCUGUAAAGAAGGUGGAAAUCAGAACAAAGUCAAGUCCAUGGCAAGUCAGCUGCUGGCCAAGUUCGAGGAGAACUCUCGGAACCCCUCACUCCUGAGGCAGGAGCACCGUGUCUCAGGGAUAGGUAAGCCCAUACUGCGCUCUUCCUCUGACUCUCCUGUUAACUCUCGCCGUCCCAAGCCAGAGGAGCCCACACCCAGCCCAUCACCAACUCUGAAAAGGCAGUUCCCCUUGGUGGUUGUGACGGGGCAUGUGCUCCGAGAGCUAAAGCAAGUGUCUGCUGGCGGCGAGUGCCCGAGCAGGCCCUGGAGAGCCCGAGCCAAGUCUGACCUGCAGCUGGGCGGGCCUGAAAAUCCCGCCAGCCUGCCUGCCACCUGCCAGGGAGCGCUGGCCCUCUCCGGGGUGCUGCGGCGGCUGCAGCAAGUGGAAGAAAAGGUUCUCCAGAAAAGGGCUGAGAAUUUGGCCAACAGGGAAUUUCACAAAAAGAACAUUAAGGAGAAGGCGGCUCACCUUGCCUCUAUGUUUGGACACGGGGAUUUCCCGCAGAAUAAACUACUCUCUAAAAGCCUGUCUCACACUCAUCCUCCGUCUCCUCCCUCCUGCCUUCCAUCUCCUGAUUCAGCUGCUACUUCCUCUCCAUCGACUGUUGACUCUGUUUCUCCAGCCAGAAAGGCAAAGAAGUCACCUUCAGGCUUCCAUUUCCAUCCCAGCCACUUAGGAGCGCUACAUCCUGCUCUGACAGUAGGGAAAGUGUCCAGCGGAAUAGGGGCUGCAGCUGAAGUUCUGGUCAAUCUGUACAUGAAUGAUCACAGACCUAAGACUCAGGCCAUCUCUCCAGACCUGGAGUCCAUACGGAAGGCGUUUCCCCUGAACCUGGGUGGCAGCGACACCUGUUAUUUCUGCAAGAAGCGCGUGUACGUGAUGGAGAGGCUGAGUGCGGAGGGCCACUUCUUUCACCGGGAGUGUUUCCGCUGCAGCGUCUGUGCCACCACCUUGCGCCUGGCCGCCUAUGCCUUCGACAGUGACGAAGGCAAGUUUUUCUGCAAGCCUCAUUUCAUUCACUGUAAAACCAACAGUCAGCAACGGAAGAGACGGGCAGAGUUGAAGCAACAAAGAGAAGAGGAGGGGAUGUGGAAAGAGCAAGAAGCCUCUAGGCGAGACCCUCCUGCGGAAAGUUCUUGCGCUGCCGCCGCCAUCGGCACACCGGAAGGCAGCCCCCCAGAUGAGCCAACCUCCCCCAAGAAGCCCAAGAGUGUCCCGGAGCUCGAACAUGGGGAUAUGGCUGGUGGAGCCGCCUCCCGCCUGCCCUCUGAGUGGACCUCAGUGAGGAUCAGCCCUGGGGAGGAAGUGGUUGGGCAGGACGUGCUGGCUGUGCGUGUCCUGGUCACCAGUGACAACAGCAGCUCGGACGAAGAGGCGGACUGUGGUGGCAGUGAGGCCUCCAGGGCAGAGCCCUGGGACGAAAGACCCCAGCGACUGAAGUCCCGACCCUCACCCCUCCUGAAGCCCCUUGCCCAGCACAGCUCCCUGAGGGAGGCCCUGCCCAGAGCAAUCUCUCCACGUGGCCCCGAGGAGCCUGAAGCUGUGCAUGCAGUUCUGCAGAGGGCCAACAGCUUCCAGUUUCCAACUCCCAGCAAAUGCCAGAGCGGGAGAAGAAAAUUCCAGUCGAAUAUGACACCAGUGAACAACAGAAGACCUAUGUCGCCUCCAAAGGAAGCUUCUCCUUUGCCUUCUCUGCCAUCUUCUUCUUCAGCUGGUGUCCCGCACGCUCUGGAUAGUUCCUCCCCGCCUCCGGUGACAGUUUGCAACCCUCCUUCGCAGGUCUCGAGAGGUCAUUUCAGUCCUUCCACCCCAAUCUUUCUGAGGCAAGCCAGAACCCAAGGACCACCCAAGGAAAUCCCCCUGCAUAUCCCUCAUGGCCAGGUGCUGGAGCGGACAGAAUACUGUCUGGUGAGGCCUGGUGGAGACGGCCUCGAAAGCUUGAGCCCAUCUGGCCCUGCAGAGAUGGCUUCUGAUGGGAGUCAGGAAGCAGAGACCCCUCCUGUGGGUACCAGAAGCAUCCACAGAGGCCCACACCCCAUUGGAGGGAAGGACAGGUGCUCGCCAGACCAACAGCUGUCUCCCAGGGCUGGAGAGGACCCUGGAGAAGGGAGUACCAGACCCAGGAGGGGAGAGGAGGGGAGGUCAGAGCUGGCAGAGGAGAAGAAGUCGGGCUUAAAAAAGCUGGUUCUCACUCGGGAGCAGAAGACUAGGUUGCUAGAUUGGAAUGACUACAACCCUGAGAGCUCGCGCCUGGAAGCCAGGGUGCGACUUUCCCAGAAAAGCACCGAGAAUGGCCGAGGAGGAGGUGUGCUGAAACCAGUCCGCCCCUUGCUGCUCCCUCAGGCAGUGAGAGAGACCUUACCAGCCCAGAGAGAGGCUCAGGAGAAGAUGGGGACCCCAGCUGAACGGACUCCCAGGGAGCAAAGCGUGGCCCCACCCAAGUCCCCGCUGCGGCUCAUAGCCAACGCCAUCCGGAGGUCCCUGGAGCCGCUCCUCCCCAAUUCCGACAGUGGGAGAAAGGCAUGGGCCAAGCCAGAGUCAAAGACUUUGCCCACCAGCCCACCUCACGCUUGCACUCGCUCAUUCAGCCUUCGGAAAAGCAGCUCCAGUAAAGACUGGGACCAGCCGUCCCCCAAGAGAGACAUACCGUCAGCCCCGAGCCCUCCUGACCCUGCCCUCCGCACCCACAGUUUGCCCAACCAGUCAUCCAAGACGUUUCCUGCACUCGUGUCCCCACCCUGCAGCAAGAUCGAAGAUGUCCCCACCCUCCUGGAGAAAGUGAGUUUGCAAGAGACCGUCCCAGAUGCUUCCAGGGAUCCCAAGAAAAAGACCUCACUCUUUUCCUCCCUCAGACUCAAAGACAAAUCUUUUGAGAGUUUCCUCCAAGAAUCCAGACCAAGAAAGGACCUGCAAGACCUCUUCAGCAGCCCCAAGGGGAAGGUGCCACCCAUGGGCAAUGCCCAGGCCCCAGAGAAGCUGGUGCAGCUGGUCAAGAGCACCUGUCUGGGGCAGGGGGUCCCUCCUCCUUCUCCAGAGAAAGAUCCGGUCAGUCCGCCGUCUAGUCGAGGGGGCUCAGGUCCCAAGCACGUCCCCGUCAGAACGCAGGUGACAGGGACUGCCUCUUCCACCUCUUCCACCACCACCUCCUCUGCAGAUGAAGAAUUCGAUCCUCAGCCUUUCUUGCGGUCAAAGGAGAGGAAGACACUAAGAAGAAGAAGGAAGCUAGAAAAAGCAACAAAACAAUUGGUUAAGCAAGAAGAAUUGAAAAGACUUCAUAAAGCUCAGGCCAUCCAGAGGCAGCUGGAAGAGGUGGAGGAGUGGCAGAGGGCUUCCGAGAUCCAGGGCGUGAGGCUAGAGAAGACGCUGAGAGGAGAAGCAGAUUCAGGCACACAGGAUGAAGCACAGCUUUUGCAGGAAUGGUUUAAGCUGGUUCUGGAGAAGAAUAAAUUAAUGCGAUAUGAGUCGGAGUUACUGAUCAUGGCCCGAGAACUAGAAUUAGAAGAUCAUCAAAGCAGACUGGAGCAGAAAUUAAGAGAAAAAAUGCUCAAGGAGGAGAGCCAGAAAGAUGAGAAUGAUCCGAAUGAGGAACAAGAAAUACUCACCGAGAUGAUGCAAGUAAUUGAGCAAAGGGACAAACUGGUGGAUUCCUUAGAGGAACAACGCAUAAGAGAAAAGGCUGAAGACCAGCACUUUGAAAGCUUCGUAUUCUCCAGGGGCUGUCAGCUGAGCAGGACAUGAGGAAGCCCCACGGCGAGCAAGCCGAGGACCAGAUCAGGCCAAACACCCUUCACUCACUCCUUCUUCCUUUCACAGGAUAUGUCAGACCUGGAACGUAACUUAUACCAUGCUGCAAUAUUUUUAAAAGAAUUUAAGGUUCUCUCAUAUGUACUCCAGCUGCCCAAGAUCCUUCCAGAGAUUAUAAUGAAGAAAAUACAAAGACUCUUUUGAAAUUGGCAGUCAACUUCAGUGGGUCUCUUAAAUUGGAGGUGACCGUGGCAGAUGAUCAGCAUUGUUUUCCGUAGAAAGUGACACAGAGAUCGAUUUUCCUGCUGCUUUCAUCAUUUUUCUCUUCCCAAAUUCAU